AUGGACGUCUACUUCGAAUCAAGCUGGGCGAUCUUGAGCAGCAUCGGCAUCGCCAACUUCCUCUUUGGACUCAUCAUUGUCAGCAUCACACGUCUCUCUGUUGUCGUCGCGGUGCCUUUAGUGGUGUCAGUGGCCACCGCAGUAGCCAACGGCCUGUGCUUCUAUGCCUUCUAUCAAGACCAUCCCACGACACAGAAAGCCGUUGCAUCGGUUUUUGCAGACCUCUUCUGGCUGAUCCAGGAGGUUGGCCUGUCAUUCUAUGGAUAUGUCAUCCUGGCAAGGGUGCUCCCCAGACAGGAGAAACGCAUCUUCGUGCCAAUGUUCUGGGUCAUUGUCGCCGCCAUCGCGGGUUGUCGCUGCGCGAUAGCCGCUCAACGCGUACAAGCCCUCGUUUCCGGAAGCGACAGCCUCCAGGUAAUCAUCAACCAUCUUCAUACCGGCUACUUUAUAUGCAUAGCGCUGCUGGAAUGCGUCACUGCCGUCUUUCUCCUUCGCAAGUUUGGCUCCGCGAAGAAGGCUUCACAAAACGCAUCAAUUCGUACAGGGUUGCUCAGGCACUUCAUGCGGGGUACCGAGAUUCGCCUGGCGACACUUGCCCUCAUCGGAGUAUCUCGAGCCAUCACAUAUUUCUUUCAGACUUCUCUCCAGGCUGCCUCUUCUACGGCCAGCCAGAUCGAUCGUUUCAUCUACACACUCGAGUGUGUUUUUCCCAUGAUGUUCUAUAUCGACGUCCUUGCCUCCCGAAUCAAGUUCACCGGCUCCUCGCAGGAGCAAUCCUAUGGCGCCAAUGGGAUGGGCGCAUCUGCAAAGAUGAAGAGCCGGUCCACUCCACGUCGAGCAGACCAUAGGUAUCCCGGCUGGCAGGAGCUGGACGACGAGAAUGUGUUCCCAAUGGGACUCACCAGUGUCAGCAGAGCCGUACCAUCGGACGCGGGCGUCUUGGCGAUCUCAGACGACGCCAGAAAGAAUGGUGCCUCGAGGAAUGGCAUCACCAAGACCGUGGAAGUCAACGUCUCAAAAGCUGGGGCGGAUUAAGUACGGCAUGCGAACACAAUAAGCCAAUUUAGCGCCUUACUUGUGUGACCUCUUCAGAGCUCGCCGUGGCGCUGCUGUACGUGGAUACCGCUCUGGGUAUGCUUCUUUCAUUUCCGUGCUCCUUUGACAGGAGUUUAAUGUACUCCGUCCACAAGAACUUAGCAUUACUGGCAUGUCAUGACCCUUGUUCCUUGUUCCAUCAUGGCGCUACUCGUUUUGGACUAUUCCGAGUAUGUCAUGUUGGUUAUUCACGCAGACAUAAUAAGGACUUCGUCACGCUGUCGAGGCUGUGAAGUCUCGGCAUGUCGACAUAUCCAAGGUCAAGUAGCUC